UGUGUAGUGGGGUGACCGGAGCCAUGAACAUGGCCAAGGGAGCUGUCCAGGGGGGCCUGGAUACAUCAAAAGCUGUCCUCACAGGCACCAAAAAUACAGUGUCCACUGGACUCACAGGGGCAGUGAACGUGGCCAAAGGCAUAGCCCAGACCGGCCUGGACACCACCAAGACUGUGCUGACCGGCACCAAGGACACCGUGUGUAGUGAGCUGACUGGAGCCAUGAACAUGGCCAAAGGAGCUGUCCAAGGGGGUCUGGACACUACCACAUCUAUGCUCAUGGGCACCAAGGACACAAUGUCCACUGGACUCAAGGGUACUGUGAAUGUGGCCAAAGGGGCCAUCCAGGGCAGCCUGGACACCACUAAGAUGAUGCUGGCCAGCACCAAAGAUGCAGCUUCUGCUGGCCUUGCCGGGGCAGGGAAAAUGGCCACAGGCGCUGCGCACACCAGUCUCAGCACUAUCCAGAAGCGGCUCCCUGGUACCCAGGACACCAUCUGGGGUGGGUCUACCAGUUGCAGGGCCACAGACAAAGGCGGGGAACAUGCUGCCUUGAGCCCCCAAGAGGCCCUGUCCUCUGGGGCCUCCAGUUUCUCAGACCCGCUUGGUGCAGGCCUGCAGUUUUCUGGGGAAGCCACAGCUGCCUCCAGGAGACUAGUGUCUAAUGUGGCCAUGGUCACUCACGGCGCUGCCCCAGUUGGCCAGCAAGGAGCCACCAGCUUCGUGAUGCUCCCGGAUGAGCUGGAGGGGCUGGGGGAGAUCUUCCAGCCCAUGAGUGCUGAGGAGCAAGCCCAACUGGCAGCCUCCGAGCCAGGGCCCAAGGUGCUUUCGGCCGACCAAAGGAGCUACUUUGUCCGUCUAGGCGACCUGGCCCCCAGCUUCCGCCAGCGUGCUUUCGAACAUGCCUUGAGCCACAUGCAGCAUGGCCAGUUCCAAGCCAGGGACGCUGUGGCCCAGCUCCAGGACUCCUUCCGGGUGAUUGAGAAAGCCAUGCAGGCUCCAGAAGGGCAGCUGCAUCUGGACCCGGGCUGGAACACCUCAGUGGAGGACACUGGGACCCCAGAGGCGCUGGCCAGGGUCUGCACACUCAUCUGGCAGCUGCACACGGCCUACAGUGGCCUGGCCUCUGGUCUGCAGGGGCUGCCCGAGCACCAGAGGCAGGUGGGCCGGGCACGGCACAGCCUCUGCGAUCUCUAUGGCAUCGUGUCCUUGGCAGGCUCUGGGGAGGAGCUGCCAGCCGAGCGCCUAGCACAGAGCAGAGAGGGCGUGGGCCAGGCGUGGCAUGGGCUAGACCAGCUGCUGGAAGGCCUGCAGCACUGCCCACCGCUGGGCUGGCUGGUGGGGCCCUUUGCCUUGGCCCCCAGCACGCAGCAGGUGUAGGCGCCACAGACCAGGUGCAGGUAACUCCCUGCCUGCCCACCUGGGGAGCCUGUUCAGAACCUUCUCCCCUAAACCAGAUCCAGUUCCUGAAGGUCUGGGCCCCACAGGCUGGAGCCAGCCAGAGCCCAAGGGCUAAAGGGGACACAGUUUCUGAGUUCCACCACCUCACACUGGGCCAGGCCUGCCUGCACCUCCUGUGCCUUCUCUAGGUCCCUGACAAAGGACUGCGGCCUCCUGCUGCAGGUGGCAACUGGGCACCCAAUCAGGAGAGAACCAGACGCGUGGCCGGUCUAGAAGGGCCCAUUUGCCCCCAUCUAACCCUUUUAUCUCUGGGGGCUCUUCUACUGCCACGUCUGGGGUGUUACUUGGACAGAUCCGGCUGAGGGCCUUGGCUGACAAGCCACUGUGGCCCUGUCCUCCCCAGCCUCGGCCCCAUGGAUCCUCAGGGGAUGGCGACAGACAGGCAGUGGAGGAGGAAGCUGGGGCUGGAGAGGUCUGAGAAUGCAGCAGGCGGCAGCCCCACCUCCCAGGGCUGAGCCCCUGGCCCCGGCCCAUGGGCCCAGGCCGACUGCAGCCCUCAGGACAGCUGCGUGAGCACAGCUCUUGCUGUCAGCUUCACUCAUAGGCAGGCUGCGCAUCAGCUGCCCAUCUAACACCAGCAGGGGCCCCUUCACUGGAACCCCACAAUCUCCAGGCCCCUGGAGGAGGAUGGGCAGGUAGCUUGUCCCUGGAGGUCCCCGGGAGUGCCAGGAGCUGUGAGGACUGGGCUCAUAUCACCCAUAGGUGACAGGGCCAUGACAGGGACAGUCAGCCUUCCCGAGCCCUUCCCUCCUCAGUCGGCCACAGGGUCACCAGGGGCUCUGACACUAGACACAGGCAUUUGCAGAAACCAGGCCCAGCACCUUGAGCUCCUGCCCAUUGAAACCACUCAGGGACCAAGGUUCAGGAAAUCCGUUCCUUACACACCCAUCUCCUGCUGCGAAAGGGGGCGCGACCAUCCUCUGAAGGGGCUCACACUAGAAGGUGCAGUGGAAGGAGAAAGGCCUCUGCUAGAAGCCAUGUGCACAAGCCCACCUGCAUCCACACCAGUGCCAGAUGGGGUCACCUCUCCCACACGGAUGAGGACAGAGAAGCCCAGAGGAGGAGGGGCAAGUGCCCAAUGCCACAUGGCAAGCCAGCGGCAGAGCUGGAAGGAGCCUGGUCCCUCACAACAGACAACCCACAGCAGCCCUCUGGUCCCGAUUGCCCUGAGCUGGCUCCAGCUACUUGGUCUUGCCUAGGGCCCAGGGCCACCUUUGGCCUAGGCGGGGCAGCGGCGUGGUCGAGUGAACGAAGAUCUAGACUCUGCGCGACUUUCAGGACCUCAGACGAUCCCUGCCCUCCUUGUCCCCAUCUCUGUCCCUGCUUAGCCUGCCCUGGUCCCUGCUGCCCAGCCUGCGGCAAUAAGAGCUGAGUUUGAGGUUCCCCUCUGCAAGGCCUGCCCCAAAGGUGUACCCCUCUGACAGCUGCGAACUGUUCCCUGCCUCUCGCCCCAACUGUUCCAGCAACGAUAGGAAACCAAGCCAAUAAAAGUGAUCUUUUUCAUU